UAAAGUUAUGUCAUGCGCACUGAUGUCGGGCAACCGAUAUCCUAGAAAAUAAUGGACGAAUAAUAGAGUAGUAUCAACAAAAAUCGAGACCAUCUGCCAAAUAAUAUAUUGAAAUGGCAUUCGUUUCUUCAAUUUUCUUUCAGAAGAGACAUUAAACUACAUUUUGAAACCAAUUUGAAGUCGAUUACGAUCCAGACAUGGAGCUUAGAGUAGGAAAUAAGUACAGACUUGGGAGAAAAAUUGGUAGUGGAUCUUUUGGUGAUAUUUACCUUGGUACUGAUAUUUCUAAUGGUGAAGAAGUUGCUAUCAAAUUAGAAUGUGUCAAAACAAAACAUCCACAACUGCAUAUAGAGAGCAAAAUAUAUCGCAUGAUGCAAGGUGGAGUUGGUAUACCAACAAUAAAGUGGUGUGGUGCAGAAGGAGACUACAAUGUUAUGGUGAUGGAGUUAUUAGGACCUAGUCUUGAGGAUCUGUUUAAUUUUUGCUCACGCAAAUUCAGUUUAAAAACUGUUUUGUUAUUAGCUGAUCAGUUGAUUAGUAGGAUUGAAUAUAUUCAUUCCAAAAACUUUAUACAUAGAGAUGUGAAACCUGACAAUUUUCUAAUGGGACUUGGAAAGAAAGGAAAUCUUGUGUAUAUUAUAGACUUUGGACUUGCUAAAAAAUAUAGGGAUGCCAGGACACAUCAACAUAUUCCCUAUCGGGAAAACAAGAAUCUCACUGGCACAGCCAGAUAUGCCAGUAUUAACACACAUUUAGGAAUAGAACAAAGUAGGAGAGAUGAUAUGGAGUCAUUAGGCUAUGUGUUUAUGUACUUCUUGCGGGGAAGUUUACCUUGGCAGGGUCUGAAGGCAGCUACAAAAAGACAGAAGUAUGAACGUAUUAGUGAAAAGAAAAUGUCAACACCUAUUGAAGAAUUAUGUAAAGGAUUUCCUUCUGAGUUUGCCACCUACCUGAAUUUUUGUCGAUCUCUACGGUUUGAUGACAAACCAGAUUAUUCUUAUCUACGACAGCUGUUCAGGAAUUUGUUCCAUCGCCAAGGAUUUACCUACGAUUAUGUUUUUGAUUGGAACAUGUUGAAAUUUGGUGGACGUAAUAAUGAUGAUUCAGACAGGGGUAAAAUUGGAUCCUCUGCCCGUCCAGUGCAUGGCACAGCUGGUGGUAGUCGAAUGAAAAAUGAUCAAAUGCCAGUCACAGCAGCCACACCUCCAGGUGAUUACAACAAUGAAUCCCCUAGACCAUACUCUAGAGAAAGGGAAAGAAGAACCAGCACACGUCUUCACAGAGGGAUACCUACAGGUGCUGAAGUGCUGCAACGUGAUGCCACACGAAUUUCUACAGCUCCAAUGCAGGCUGGUUUAUCUGGUGUCAAUUCAGCAAUGAGAAGAGGAAGUGCUUCAAAAGAUGGUGAUAUACCUGUAAGGACAGGCUCGUCUCGACAUAAUCGAAAAUGAUAGUGCUGUAAUCAAAUUGUUGGAGGAAGAUGGUGCCAAUUUUUAUGCGAAAUGUGAUAUAAAUGUGUCAACAUCUACAUGAUUUACAUGUGUGUGUGUUAAUGUGGUUGUAUAAAUGUUAAUGAUUGAUCAAAAUCUUUUAUAGAUCUAAUGUAUUUUAUGUAGGUCCUUGUUUUUAAAAGAGUUCCAACAGUUAAAAUAAAUGAUAAGUAGGUUGAGCAUGCAUGAAAAAUGUAUACAUUAAUUGUAUGUAUUUACUGAACAUGAGUCUCUAAUAAACCACCAGGAUGUGAUUUGUGAAAAAUAAUUUCCAUAACAUUCGUACAUACAAUGUGUUUGUUUUUACUGUAAAUUCAGAAAUUAUUGCGUUCAAUUAUUAUUGCGAUUUUGUCAUUUUAGACUAAAAUGCGAUUUUUAUUUUUGCGAUAUUGAGAACAAUCCUGUUUAAUUCAUAUAAAAAAAUUCAAAAUGCAAGUUUAAAUUAUUGCGAUUGUAAUCCUGUCGCAUUUUUCGCAAUAAUAAAAACAUCGCAAUAAUUUUGAAUUUACAGUAUUCAUCAAUUUCUUUUGCAAUUCAAAUACAAAUUUUCAUACUUAAAUUUCUGACUUGAUAUCUGUUUGAACAUUAAAUAUUUAUGAAUCUGUUGAAAUUAGGCUUACUUAUAUAGAAAUGAAGAUAUGUGUUACAUUCACCUUCCAUGAAAUAUGCACAAUAUAAUAUACAAGUAUCUUGGUUUUAGAUUGAAUGUUAUAACAUCUAGGUGUUUUAAUAUUCAAAGAUCUGCUUCUUCUAAGUAGGCAUAAACUCAGUAUUUAUCUGUUGGAAAUUUAAAAGAGACAUGAUAAAUGACAGAUUUAAAAGAAAUAAAAAAACAUUUUAAGGAGAAUUUGGGACUUUUUGUUAUUUUUCAAUUUGAAUGGGAGAGAAUUUCGAAAUAAAUGCUUUUUUGAUUUAACCAUACAUAGUCUGAAACUUUUUUUUUUUAAAGAAAUUAAACCCCACCUUGUGUACAUGUUUGAAAGGGUUUUUUAUGGAUGAAAAGUGUGUGGAUCACAUAUUUUUACAGUGUGAUGUAUUGAAUAUUUUAUUAAUAUGUGAAUAUGUUAUUGGUUGAUAUUUAUCAAAUUUUAAUGAUUUGCGUGCAAGAAUAUGGUCAGUUAUUUUAAAUAUGUGCAGAUACACUACUUAAAGGUACAGAUAAAAAUAAAACGUUUACUAUUGUAUUAAGUGUAAAACACUUUAUGCAACAGUUCCUCAAUGUUUAGGCAUUUUGUUGUCAAUUUUAAGUUCAGUUAAUUUCCUUGACAUUGAGACUGUUAACUACAACUGUCUAUUUGGGAAAAUGUCAGUUGUAAAAGUAAACCCUUAUCUGAUAGCAAAAUUGAAAUGUGCAAAGUUGGUUUGGUUAAUUUCAGUAUAUCAGAUGGUAAUAAUAAAUAUUAUUCCCCGAGCUAACUUGAAAUGUGAAAUGUUGUUAUAUUGGUGUUGUCAUGGUAAAAUAAUAUUCUCUAUACUAUCUUGAGAUAUAUAAUGCUGUAGGAUAGUAAGAUGUGACUUAAGAAUCUUCAUUGUUUACAAUAAGAAUGAUAUAUAUUAUGUUCUGUUUAUAACUGACUUAAGAACGAUACAACAAUUGUAUUGCUAUUGUUAAUCUAAAUCAAAGAUAACUGUCCAUAUGUUUUGUCUGAGUAAAACACACAAAUUGAUCAAUGUUACCAACUCUUCCUUACAAAUAUUAAUGUGUAAUUGAGUGAAUUGUGAUUUAAAAAGUGCUCAAUUCAUUUUCAUUUAAUAUCCAAAUUGUCUUAAUGUUUAGAUGUAAAACUUUUGUUCAAAAUUUACAAUGAACUUGUCUGCACAUUUCUGUGCUUUCUGCAGCAUACUUGAAUUCCUUUCAGCUCGGUGAAUGCUUCAGUCAGAUUGUUUUAUAUCUUCGUUAGAUCCAAAAUUGUCUCAUCAUUAAAUCUUGUAAAGAUGUUGUAUGGUCAUUUAAUACAUGUAUAUCACAUCUGUGCUUCAAUUAUCACUCAUUAACAGUUCCAGUUGAGUUCUCAGGUUUAAAUCUUAUACUGUUUUGUAAUUAUCAUGCAUUUCAUCAAGUUUCAUUUUAUUUAAACGUUACAAGUUUUAUUGGUUCAUAUGAAUUUAAAACAGAACCAGUUAGUGUAUUUGAGCAUUCAUAUUUGUAUCAAGUUUGCAAGAUCUAAGAAUUGUCAUCAAGGAAAAUUCAAACAAUGUUGAUUUAAAUGAUUUUUCAUUGUCAUGAAAAAAAAAAUGGCAGUUAACAUUAAGAUACAGUCUGGUGUUAAAGACAAUAUACAGUCUGGUGUUAAAGACAAUAUACAGUCUGGGGUUAAAGACAAUAUACAGUCUGGGGUUAAAGACAAUUACUUUGUCACAACUUCAUUGAAUUUUAUGAAACUCUGACAGCAGCUUCUUCAUGAUAAAACCUUCAACAAAAUUUUAAAUUUUUCAUAUUUAUUUCUGUAUUUUACUAAUAAAUGGACUUAGUUUUUUGUAGUCAAAAUAACACUUUACCACUGACAGCUGCAAAGGCAGGCCAUAUUUUAAACAAUUGAAAAGGAAAGGAAAUAACUUAUCUUUUGUUUAUCUAACAUUAGUUUAUCAUUUAUUUAAUGUUAACAAUUAAAUGGUACUGAGGUAUGAAUGGUUAACAUAUGUUAUUACAUAGCCAAAACAUUUCAGUACCUUUAACAGGGGCGGAUCCAGCCAUUUUUAAAAGGGGGGGGGGUUCCAACUAUAUGUCCCAUUCAAAUGCAUUGAUUGUCCAAAAAAAGGGGGGGGGGAUCCACCACUGUUUAAAAUGUUUAUCAUACAACAUUAUUUGUGAAUGUUCAUAUACAUAUAUUUAUUAUCAUCACUUAUUAUAACAAACCUCCAAGAAAUAUAAUCUAUGUGAGUGGCACUUAAAUUUGCUUUCAAUAGCGUUUACAAUUUAAGUUUUGAUAGAAAACAGGACAGUUCUCUCUAUAUAUAAUGGAGGUCUCUAAAAAUAAAAGAAGUGUUUGGCAAUUUCAGUUUCUUGAUAUGAAUUAUCAUUAAUUGUGUAACAAAGUCUUAUUUGCUAAUGAAAAAUCAAAGUAAAAAUGAUCAGUCCCUAGUUGGUGUGCCUUUGGGUUAUGAUACUUCAAGGUGUGUUUGUUAUAGUAUUGUAUGAAAGCUGUAAAUAAUGAAUGGUCAAUUGUAAAUAAUAAAUUCAUCAAAUUUUAA